UUAUUAUGUUUUUAGCAAUAUUAUUGCUUAUGUUAUUUAUAAACCAAACACUUGAUGAUUUGGAGCCACAGUUACUUUAAUUGGUCAAAUGAGAAGACUGACUAGGGUGGGAGAUUUUUUCCAUCCUGAUAACCUCUUAGAGACUAUGAAUAAUAAUAAUAAUAUCAAAUCGUUACUGUAAAUACUAAGUUUUAAGGAGAUACUGGUAUAGUGUUGCAAAUUAAUAGUAUCACACUUUUCAUGAUUGUAAAGCACAUACUGGUAGGUGAACUUUACCUGUUACAUGAAAUAAUUAACAUGUCUUCUCAAGUGACAGCAGUCUGUGAAGGGAUUGCACAUGGGGGCAAAUGUGGAUUAACAGCAGUUCCACACUGAAAGGCUGUAUGAAUCACUGCUUAUUAAAAUGGUUGAUAUCAUACAAAUUAUUAAUUUUAUCCCCAAAUGCCUAAUAAUUCGUCUUUUCGGUGACAUGUGUGACAUGUACAAGGUCUUUAGGAAGAUCAUUCUGAUGAUCUCUGCCAACUGUGACUUUAAAGAAGGAUAUAAACUAUAGCCCUCCAGGAGUAUUCAUUUGUAAGAGCUCAUGCUUGGAAGGUAGUCUUAUUUAGUUUCUUAUAUGUAAAUCAUAGGCGAUAUAUUAUCUGAUUAAUUAAUUAGUUCUAACACUGGUAAGAUUUGCUAGUCAGAAUUAUGUUUAUCUGAUGUGCUGUAACGUAGAAAAUGAGUAUUGGCAAGCAAGCAAGAAAAAUAAAACAAAACAAACAAAAACAACUGUGUAGCUGCAGUGGUUGAAUGAGUCGGGUCCCGAGGCCACGCCAACAAUCCUUUCUACAAUUCAUGUGAAACACGUAGUGCAAGACAAAGCGUCUGCAAUUUGGAAGGUGGUUCUAUAGUCCUAGGAACCCAGAGUGAAUUAAAGUCUAGACUCCGUAAUUUGUCAGGGGGAAGGGAGGAGAGAGAAAUUGCAGAUCAGAUAUGCCCAAAGUGUUUCAGAGGUAACACCGAAGCAGGGAUGCUGCUGCCAGUCUGUGUGGUGAGGGAGGCAGGAAUGGCAGAGCCGCUGCUGAAGCAGCACCGUUCUCAGAAGCAGUAACACAAACAGCAUCAGGAGUAGGCCUCCUCUUGUAAAAAGCAGGCUACUGCAGGCUUGUGAAAGGCAAGAUGCUCUGAUGUUUGAAAAUCUCCGAGCGGAGAAUGGCUGCUGUAAAAAUGUUGCCAAGAAACUCUAAAGAUCCGGACAGUCAUAACUCUUUGUUAGCAAUAGUUCUUUCAGCAAAAUAAAUGAUACUUUUUGUCAAUCUCUGGGCAGUAGACAACUCCCUGAAGAAGAAGAUAUCGGAUUACCUGAAAAAAGAAAAACAGGGAGAACAAAGUUUGGGCAUGCCUGCAGGAACAAUGGUGUUUUUAGAAACUACCUAGGAGGCAGAAGCUAAGUGUUGAUUUGCCCAUGCCUCUUACCUGGGAGUAGAAGGUGGGAAGAAAUGGACAGUGGCUCUGAUGAGAAGAGGAGGCACAGUGCAGCUCGGUGAAGCCACACGCUGACUGCGUCCUGCACCGCUCUUCAUGCAGUGCUGUGGGCUGGUGCAUCGGCGGCGAGUACGGGUGUCCUAUGGUUCGGCAGACUCCUACACCAGCCGUCCGUCCGAUUCAGAUGUUUCUUUGGAGGAAGAUCGGGAGGCAGUGCGCAGAGAAGCAGAGCGACAGGCCCAGGCCCAGUUGGAAAAAGCAAAGACAAAGCCUGUUGCAUUUGCAGUUCGGACAAAUGUCAGCUACAGUGCAGCCCAUGAAGAUGAUGUUCCUGUGCCAGGCAUGGCCAUCUCAUUUGAAGCAAAAGAUUUUCUGCAUGUUAAGGAAAAAUUUAACAAUGACUGGUGGAUAGGGCGAUUGGUUAAGGAAGGCUGUGAAAUCGGAUUCAUUCCAAGCCCAGUCAAACUAGAAAAUAUGAGGCUACAGCAUGAACAGAGAGCCAAGCAAGGGAAAUUCUACUCCAGUAAAUCAGGAGGAAAUUCAUCAUCCAGUUUGGGUGACAUAGUACCUAGUUCCAGAAAAUCUACACCUCCAUCAUCUGCUAUAGACAUAGAUGCUACUGGCUUAGAUGCAGAAGAAAAUGAUAUUCCAGCAAACCACCGCUCCCCUAAGCCCAGUGCAAACAGUGUAACGUCACCCCACUCCAAAGAGAAAAGAAUGCCCUUCUUUAAGAAGACAGAGCACACACCUCCUUAUGACGUGGUACCGUCCAUGCGACCAGUGGUCCUAGUGGGCCCUUCCCUGAAGGGGUAUGAGGUCACAGAUAUGAUGCAGAAAGCAUUGUUUGAUUUUUUAAAACACAGAUUCGAAGGGCGGAUAUCCAUCACAAGGGUCACGGCUGACAUCUCACUUGCCAAACGCUCAGUGUUAAACAAUCCCAGUAAGCAUGCAAUAAUAGAAAGAUCCAACACUAGGUCGAGCUUGGCUGAAGUUCAGAGUGAAAUUGAGAGGAUUUUUGAACUUGCAAGAACACUGCAAUUGGUUGUCCUCGAUGCGGAUACUAUUAAUCAUCCAGCGCAACUUAGUAAAACUUCUCUGGCCCCAAUUAUAGUAUAUGUAAAGAUCUCUUCUCCUAAGGUUUUACAAAGGUUAAUAAAAUCUCGAGGGAAAUCUCAAGCUAAACACCUCAAUGUCCAGAUGGUAGCAGCUGAUAAACUGGCCCAGUGUCCUCCAGAGUUGUUUGAUGUGAUCUUGGAUGAGAACCAGCUUGAGGAUGCUUGUGAGCACCUUGCUGACUAUCUGGAGGCCUACUGGAAGGCCACCCACCCUCCCAGCAGCAACCUUCCCAACCCUCUUCUCAGCCGUACUUUAGCCACUUCAACUCUACCCAUUAGCCCUACGCUAGCCUCUAAUUCACAGGGUUCUCAAGGUGAUCAGAGGACUGAUCGCUGUGCUCCAGCCCGUUCUAUUUCCCAAGUUGAAGAAGAAGUCUGCCUGGAACCAGUUAAGCGAUCCCAUCACCGUGCUUCCUCCUCCCAGCACCACAACCAUCGCAGUGGUACAAGUCGAGGCCUCUCCAGGCAAGAGACGUUUGACUCGGAAACCCAGGAGAGUCGAGACUCUGCCUAUGUGGAGCCAAAGGAAGAUUACUCCCAUGAACACGUGGACCACUAUGUCCCACACCGUGACCACAAUCACAGAGAUGACACCCAUGGGAGCAGUGAGCAUAGGCACAGGGAGUCUCGGCACCGUUCCAGGGACCUGGAUCGAGAGCAGGACCACAAUGAGUGCAACAAACAACGAAGCCGUCAUAAAUCCAAGGAUCGUUAUUACGACAAGGAUGGAGAAGGAAUAUCUAAAAAACGGAACGAGGCUGGGGAGUGGAACAGGGAUGUUUACAUCCGCCCAUGACUUAACCCUUUUGUGUGCUUUUCUUUUUUUUAAGUCUUGUAUAACAGCCCCCUCAAACAUUCUUUGGGGUCUACAUUGCAAAUCAUAUGUGAUCUGUCUUGUAUAUUUUGUACUGCUGUUGCUUGAAUAGCAAUAGCAUGAGAUAGAGUAUUAACAUACAUUUUUUCUUUUAUAAGUGCUAUAUAAAUUUGCCUGGUACAGCUGCAGUCCUCUGAUUGUAUACUGGACUUUCCAAAAACUGUUUGGGGUAGUUGCCACUUGAACAAAACUUGUUGCCAUCCAGGUGGCAUUAGUAUUUUAUGAAAUGUAGUUUAUAUAUCCAGCAAACCAGAAUCAGCCCAGAUAAAGUGGAUUUUCUCAAAUCUCCAGAUUUUUAAUAUGUAGACACCUGAUUUGCAUAUUCAUUUAUCCAUGGACCACUGUUGCUUGUACCUCUGGCUGACUAAAUUUGGGGACAGAUUCAGUCUUGCCUUACACAAAGGGGAUCAUAAAGUUAGAAUCUAUUUUCUAUGUACUAGUACUGUGUACUGUAUAGACAGUUUGUAAAUGUUAUUUCUGCAAACACCUUCUUAUGAUAAAUAUAUAUAUAUAUCAGUUUGAUCACACUAUUUUAGAGUCUUAAUGCCAAGUCAGCAGAUUUGCUUUAUGAAUUACAGGGACUAGAAAUGCCCACAUUCAGGAAAUUUGUAAUAACAUCGUCUAGACACCUAUCCCCAUUUUAGUAGAAAGUCUGUAUAUACUGUAAAUAUGCGUGAUUGCUUAACUUGAAAGUUUGAUUUCUAAAUGUUUUACCAUCCUUGUAAGUUUAUAAUUUUGACCAUAAAUUAUGGCAUAUAUAACCAAACUCCAAAGGUUGUUCUAAUCCAUGCAGUUCACAAUGAUUGUGACAAACACAUUCUUAGUAACUAGUGUCUUAAUGUCACUGCACUGGAGUAUAUGAGCCGGAACCCUGUAUGCACGUGCGUCUGUGUGUAAGAGUGUGCACGAGUGACUGGUUGAGAUGAAUCUGAAUGCUGAAGACUAAUGAGGAAACUAGAGACUGACAUCUAGAAUUCUACCCACCUGGCUUUGUAUUUAAUUGUGCUGUAUGUUGCUUUAAUGAUCCAUUGAGCAGUCAGGGAACGUGAGGAAGCUUGCUGCCAAAGGUGACUAGGAAAGCGUUCAUCUGCUGGCUCCUUGUUUUUGCUCCUAGAGAGUGAAAGUACAGGCAACUUUUAACUGUUAGUGUUUCACUGGAAAUGUACAAUCUUUGUGUGUUUGAGUAUGUUUUAGUAAGAAACGUUUACACCGCUUGUAGAAUUAUUUCAUAGGAAAAUAAAUUUUUCUAAUUUCUCCCA